AUGUUACUUUUACUCUUUCCCAUUGUUAUUUGCAUUCUAGUUGCUGUUGGAACUGCCUCGCUCGACGUUCAACAAAAAGAAUAUCAAAAUGUUGGUGGAAUUUUCAACACAAUUUUGUGUUUCGUAUUUUUGACAAUGAAUGGAGGAGGUGUAGUGCUGAUUGAAAUAUACAAAAGAAUUAGGUAUGCAAAAUCUCAAAAGACCAAUUCAGCAGAUGAUUUGGAAAAUAUUUUGAAAAACGAAGAUUUGUUCAAUUUAUUUAGAGAAUAUUCUGAAAAGGAGUUUAGUUUGGAGAAUAUUGAAUUCUAUUCAGUCAUGUUGAAAUUGAAAGUGCAGAAAGUGGUGAGUGAGAAAGAGUUGGAUGAAAUUGAUGAUACUUUCAUUAAGAAUUAUUCGAAAUAUGAAGUGAACUUACCUUCAAGUUGUAAACGAGAAUUUUACAAACUCAAAGAACAAGCACAAGAGAAAACACACCAAGUUGAAUACUCUGCCUUGUGGCAAGUUUUUGGAAAUGAUUUGGUGUUGAACAUGAUGGAUACCUUCAGAAGAUUGCAAGAAACUUCAAACUAUAGUCAAUGGGAAUCCGUUUCUAAAUAUCAGAAACACAUUCAUCCUUAA